ACAACUGUGACAACAGGGACAACGGUAACAACGUUGACAACGUUGACAACGGUGACAACAGUGACAAGGGUGACAAGGGUGACAACAGUGAAAACUUUGACAACAAUGACAACAGUGACAACAGUGACAACGGUAAAAAAGGUGACCACAGUAACAACAGUGACAACGGUGACAACGGUGACAACGAUGACAACGGUGACACCCGUGAUAACCGUGACAAGGGUGACAACGGUGACAACACUGACAACAGUGACAAUGUUGACAACGUUGACAACGGUGACAACAGUGACAAGGGUGACAAUGGUGAAAACAGUGACAACGGUGACAACGUUGACAACAGUGACAAGGGUGACAACAGUGACAACGGGGGCAACAGCGAAAACGGUGACAACAGUGACAAUGUUGACAACGGUGUCAACGGUGACAACAAUGACAGCAGUGACAACGGUGACGACGUUGACAACAGUGACAACGGUGACAACAGCGACAACAGUGACAAUGUUGAGAACGCUGUUAACGGUGACAACGGUAAAACCAGUGACAACGGUGACAACUUUGACAACAGUGACAACGGUGACAACAGUGACAACAGUCAACGUUAACAACAGUGACAACAGCGACAACAUCCACAACGGUAAAAACAGCGACAACAGCGACAACAGUGAGAGCAGUGACAACGGUGACAACAGUGACAACGUUGGCAACAGUGACAACAGCGACAACAUCCACACAGUGACAACACUGACAACAGUGACAAUGUUGACAACGUUGACAACGGUGACAACACUGACAACAGUGACAAUGUUUACAACGUUGACAACGGUGACAACAGUGACAAGGGUGACAAGGGUGACAACAGUGACAACGGUGACAACGUUGACAACAGUGACAACGGGGACAACAGCGAAAACGGUGACAACAGUGACAACAGUGACAAUGUUGACAACGUUUACAACAGUGACAACGGUGGCAACGUUGACAACAGUGACAACGGUGACAACAGUGACAACGUGAACAACAGCGAAAACGGUGACAACAGUGACAACACUGACAAUGUUGACAACGGUGUUAACGGUGACAACGGUGACAGUAGUGACAACGGUGGGAACGUUGACAACAGUGACAACGGUGACAACAGUGGCAACAGUCAACGUUAAGAACAGUGACAGCAGCGACAACAUCCACAACGGUAAAAACAGCGACAACAGCGACAACAGUGAGAGCAGUGACAACGGUGACAACGGGGACAACAGUGACAACGUUGACAACGUUGACAACGGUGACAACGGUGACAACAGUGACAAGGGUGACAAUGGUGACAACAGUGAAAACUUCGACGACAAUGACAACAGUGACAACGAUGACAACGGUGACACCCGUGAUAACGGUGACAAGGGUGACAACGGUGACAACAGUGAGAACGGUGACAACGUUGACAACAGUGACAACUGUGACAACAGUGACAACGGUAACAACGUUGACAACGGUGAGAACGGUGACAACAGUGACAACUGUGACAACACUGAUAACGGUGAUAACGUUGACAACGGUGAGAACGGUGACAACAGUGACAACUGUGGCAACGGUGACAACAGUGACAACAGUCAACGUUAACAACAGUGACAACAGCGACAACAUCCACAACGCUAAAAACAGCGACAACAGCGACAACAGUGAGAGCAGUGACAACGGUGACAACAGUGACAACGUUGGCAACAGUGAUAACAGCGACAGCAUCCACACAGUGACAACACUGACAACAGUGACAAUGUUGACACCGUUGACAACGGUGACAACACUGACAACAGUGACAUUGUUGACAAUGUUGACAACGGUGACAACAGUGACAACGGUGACAACGGUGACAACAGUGACAACGUUGACAACAGUGACAACGGGGACAACAGCGAAAACGGUGACAACAGUGACAACAGUGACAAUGUUGACAACGUUGACAACAGUGACAACGGUGACAACAGUGACAACGGUGACAACGUUGACAACAGUGACAACGGUGAGAACAGUGACAACGGGAACAACAGCGAAAACGGUGACAACAGUGACAAUAGUGACAAUGUUUACAACGAUGUUAACGGUGACAACGGUGACAGCAGUGACAACGGUGACAACGUUGACAACAGUGACAACGGUGACAACAGUGACAACAGUCAACGUUAACAACAGUGACAACAGCGACAACAUCCACAACGGUAAAAACAGCGACAACAGCGACAACAGUGAGAGCAGUGACAACGGUGAUAACGGGGACAACAGUGACAACGUUGACAACGGUGACAACGGUGACAACAGUGACAAGGGUGACAAUGGUGACAACAGUGAAAACUUUGACAACAAUGACAACAGUGACAAUGGUGACAACGAUGACAACGGUGACACCCGUGAUAACGGUGACAAGGGUGACAACGGUGAGAACAGUGAGAACGGUGACAACGUUGACAACAGUGACAACUGUGACAACAGUGACAACGGUAACAACGUUGACAACGGUGAGAACGGUGACAACAGUGACAACUGUGACAACACUGAUAACGGUGAUAACGUUGACAACGGUGAGAACGGUGACAACAGUGACAACUGUGACAACACUGAAAACGGUGAUAACGUUGACAAUAGUGACAACUGUGACAACAUUGAAAAAAGUGACAACGGUAAAAACGGUGGCCACAGUAACAACAGUGGCAACGGUGACAACGAUGACAACGGUGACACCCGUGAUAACGGUGACAAGGGUGACAACGGUGACAACAGUGAGAACGGUGACAACGUUGACAACAGUGACAACUGUGACAACAGUUACAACGGUAACAACGUUGACAACGGUGAGAACGGUGACAACAGUGACAACUGUGACAACACUGAAAACGGUGAUAACGUUGACAACAGUGACAACGGUGACAAAAGUGACAACGGUGACAACAGUGACAAUGUUGACGACACUGACAACGGUGACAACGGUGACAACAGUGACAACGAUUACAACAGUGAAAAUGGUGACAACAUUGAUAACAGUGACAACGGUGACAACGGUGACAACGUUGACAACAGUGACAACAGCGACAACAUCCACACAGUGA